CUUAUUGCUUAUUUAUUGGAGCGCAGUGGAUUUUAACAAGCUUUUCCCAGUUUUAAUCCCUGUAUGUGUAUUCAAGAGGUGUCCAGGAAUAUGUUAGAUCUCUCCAGCCAAAGGAAUUUUCUUAUUAGCAAAGUAUAUUUUAUUUGCACCUUUACUUUGAACUUUUCCCAAAACACACAAUUCAUUCACUCUACUGCAAGGUUUUCGCUCUAAAAUUUCAGCGUAUUAUUUGCACUUAUCAUUCAUUUUUACUUGCUGUCGUUGUGGAAUUUUUCACAUCAUUUAUUUAUUUCUUCCUUUUUUAACAAGUGGAAAAAUAAGGUACAAGCAAUUGGAAAAAAUACCAGCCAAAUGACGACCGACCCACAGAAAUUCUUCGCCCCACCUUCUGGUCUCAAAUUUAGCAAAUAUGUAUUUUCUUAAAAAUUUCGCACUUUUUGCUUAACACUUAAAUGUCGAAUUUCACUUUUAGCACAACAUAAGUAAACUAAAUAACAAUUCCAUUAUAUUUUCUAGACAAAUGCGUCUGUAAAUUCAGCGAACGAAUAUUUUCGUGCCGUCUUUGGGGAAAAUACCUUCAACACGCCCGCAUCGCUACCAACCUUUGAAAGUGGAUUCCACCACGAUUUUGCGAAUGACGCAAAAGGAAUUUGUAAAGUCGAGGGUUUGCGUAUUGGCUAAACCGAUGCCGCAGUGUUCCCUUGUGUCAAAUCAAAAACACCUGAUGUCAACAACAACUUGACGUCUAUGCACGUUUUGACUGUAUUCGGUCAUUUAUCAUUUCUUUGCCGCUUGCAAUAAAUUCGUGAAGUUUGGUUUCUCAUACGUAAUUUUAUUAAAAAGUUAUAUUUUCAUGUUAAAAUGCGAAAUUUGAAGUUGCAAUCGUGUAAACAACUGAGCAGCAAGGUGUCCAAUGUGAAAUAUUUGCUGCUGGAUCCCAAUGCAAGUCGUAAAGAGAUCGAUUCACUUGCCUUUGUGGUUACCGACUCUCAACUUUACGAGGUAAAAACAUCUACUGGCAUUUCGAAAGAAAUCGCAGCCGUCCCAGGCAUUGUAGCUGCUGAAUAUUUGGCAUUAAAUAAUGAAAUUUGCCUAGCUACCGAAGCGGGCGAGGUGCUCGCUGUUUCACCCAGCACUGGCGCCAUAAAUGAGUGCACUUUUUGUGAUGUUGGUUUGCAGUGCAUGUCAUGGAGUCCUGAUCAAGAGGUUGGCGUUUUCAUUACAAAAUCGGGCAAUGUCGUUGUAAUGACUUGCACCUAUGACGUCAUACAUGAGCAUGUUUUGAAGGAGCAGUGCGACCCGGAUAGCCAAUUCGUUAAUGUCGGUUGGGGAAAGAAAGAAACACAAUUUCAUGGUAAGGAAGGUAAAGCUGCUGCAAAAAUGACAACCGAUUUCAAGCCACCCGAGCAUGUGGAGCAGUUGGCGCAGGACAUAGAAAUAACCUGGCGCGCUGAUGGCGCAUACUUUGCCGUAUCCUUCGUUAGCGCUGAAGCGGGUCGUAUGUUUAAAGUUUUCAACAAGGAGGGAGACCUAACUUACAUAUCCGAGCGUUGGAAUGAUUUGCAACCACCUAUUGCUUGGCGUCCAUCGGGGACAUGGAUCGCAAUGCCUCAAAUAUUCCCAAACAAGAGCACAGUCUCUCUCUUCGAAAAGAAUGGCUUGCGUCAUCGUGAAAUCGUAUUACCAUUCUCGUUAAACGACGAGCCUAUUCGUAGCCUCCGCUGGAGUAAUGAUUCAGACAUACUCGCAAUAGAGACGUUGGAUGCGUCCACCCAAAAUCAGAAUCUGUACCUUUACACCAUUGGUAAUUAUCAUUGGUAUCUAAAGCAGGUACUCACUUUUAAUAGAACUGAGCGUCUUUUGUGCCACUGCUGGGAUCAAAGGAUAGGCGAGGAGAAAACUCUGCAUAUUUGGCUGGAAAGUGGCAGAUAUUUGAUUUAUCGCUGGCGAUUUGAAUUUGAUCGUUAUGCACGCAGCGGCAUUGUGGCCGUUAUCGACGGCAAGAAGUUACUCUUGACCGACUUUUCCAAGGCUGUUGUGCCACCGCCGAUGUGCAGCAAAGAAAUUCAUUCCGAUGCUUAUAUAAACGCAUGUGUUAUUUCAAAAAAUAACCACGAGGAGUUACAGUUGUGCAUUUACGAUGCCAAUGAAGAGUUGCAAUUGUAUCGAGUUUAUCGCGAUGGAAAAUCAUUGGAUUUCGAAAGAGUUUCUGUUAUGCAAAAAAUGCAAAUUGAGCUAGAUUUAUGUAGUGGACCACCAUUAGAGCUGGCAAAUAUGUUCUGGUUCGAAGAAAACUGUUUAGUGGCAACCGUUAACAUUGGAGAAAAAAGCAAAGUGCUGCUGAUUGCAUUGGACGAGCUAGUGGGUGCUUAUAGCAUAGCUGCUGUCUUACAGCUGAAUAGCAACGCGGUUAGCAGCUGCAUGGGCUUUGUCAUGCUGGAACAAUGCUUUGUACAAACCAUAAAUGGCAAAGUAGAGCAAACUUCACUUCAUUCGGCCAACAGCCUUAAAUUGGACAAAACAUACCAACAGCUGGAGCAAAACGCCCUGCAGAUGGAAUGGCAUCAAACACAGUCAGCACAAGGAGAUUGCCUGAUCGCUUUGCUAAAUAAUCAACGACUUUAUAUAGACAGCCAACUGGUGUCCGGCGAUGUGACUUCUUUCUGCCUGGCAGGAAACUACUUAGCGUACACCAAACUGACCGAAUUAAACUUUGUAUUGCUGUCCACACGGCAAAACGUUUACAAACGUAAUAUGGAGCGGGGCGGCAGACUAGUCACAACUAUAGUAAACGAUGCGCGUGUCGUGCUACAAAUGCCGCGUGGUAAUUUGGAGGUCAUUUCACCGCGCGUAUUGGCGCUGGAGAUAAUCGGGAAACUAUUGGACCAACAACGUUACCAUGAUGCCUUCGAUAUGUUGCGAAAGCAGCGCAUAAAUUUGAACAUUAUUUGUGAUCACAAUUUGGUGAGAUUCGUGAAUAAUGUACAUAUCUUUUUAUCUGAAAUAACAAACCCGAAUUGGCUAAAUCUAUUUCUGACUGAUCUUCAAAAUGAGGACUUCUCUAAAACCAUGUACGCUGGCAAUUACACUGCUGCCGAACAAGCAUACCCUGAAGACUUCAAUAUCGAGUCUAAAGUAGUUUAUCUCUGCGAAUUGCUGUGCACGCAUAUGACAAAAAGCGGUUAUGAACGCUUCCGGUCGCCCAUCAUUACGGCUUAUGUAAAAUUAGGCAAACUGGAGCAAGCACUGCAGCUAAUUUGGCAUGUUAAAAAGCAACAAAAUGAAUUAGCCAAAAAGUCCGACGAGCCUGUUCAAGAAGCAGCCGAGGAAGCACUUAAAUAUUUACUCUAUCUAGUUGAUGUCAAUGAAUUGUAUAAUGUCGCUUUGGGCACAUACGAUUUUGGCCUGGUGCUCUUCGUUGCGCAAAAAUCACAAAAGGAUCCCAAAGAAUUUUUGCCGUUCCUCAAUGAACUAAAACAGCUAGAAGUAAACUAUCGUAGAUUCAAAAUUGAUGAACACCUGAAGCGUCACGUAAAGGCAUUGGAAAAUAUUUUAAAAUGCGGCGCCGAAAAAUUCGAUGUAGCUUUGGAAUUUAUCAAGCGUCAUGGCCUAUAUCGGCAGGCAUUGCAGUUUUAUAAGUUGGUUAAGGAAGAGAAUAAAUCAGAGGAACAACUAAACAGCUUGGAUGAAUGUCAGCGGCAGAUCUGUUUGGCAUUUGCGGACCAUCUGCGCGCCAAAAAUGAGCUCGAUAGUGCAAGCAUUAUGUAUGAGCGUGGCGGCAAUCUCCCACAAGCCUUGCUCAGCGCCAAACAUGUAUUGGAUUGGCGGCGCGUUUUAAUGCUGGCACAAAAAGAUGGCAUAGAUAUAGCGACGUUGGCGUUAUCUAUGGUACCGGCACUGCAGGAGCAAGGUCGCUAUGACAUAGCUCAUAAGCUGCACAAAACGUAUGGCACGAACUUUAGGGAAGCGCUUCAGUGCCUACUAAAGGGUAAUCUCUACUUGGAAGCGAUAUUGGAGGCGCGUUUAAACAUCGAAGAAGCAAAUUUACUAGAUGAGCUAGUACGACCCGAAUUGCUUGCAUACACUGUACAAUUACAGCAACAAUUGGCUGAUGAUGAAAAGCUCUUCGUUGAACACAAGCAGCGUUUGCAAGUGGUGCGUGUGUUGGCCCAGCAAAAGCGUGAUGGCCUCUUGAAUGGCUAUGACCAGCCCGAUAUUGAUGAGGCUGAUUUGCUGUCUGAUACCACCAGUUUGCGUUCAUCACGCUACACGGGCAGCUCGCAGGGCACUGGCAAAACAUUCCGGUCGAGCAAGAAUCGUCGAAAGCACGAACGAAAGUUGCUUAGUCUCAAGCCAGGCAAUCCAUUCGAAGAUAUCGCACUUAUCGAUGCGCUGUACAAUCAAGUCAUGAAGUUAGCCAAUCAACAGCAACAGGUGCGUGACACAUGCAAAGCCUUACUCGAAUUGCAACGCGAUGAGGUGGCUGCGGCGCUGCAAACGCAAUACGGCCACUUAUUGGCGUUGCUGCAAGACUCCUUCGAUGCGAUAUGGACAGACGAAUUGCUGAAUGCGCAAGCGAUGCAGUACAAACCAACGCCCUACACCGAUUACACACAGCUACAAAAUGAGCAGCGAUUUGCCGUUUUGGCACCCCAAAAACGUUUUAAGCCGCAAAUAACGCUUAUUGAUUGGAAGUGUGAUGUAUUGGCUUGAGCGUGUACGUCAAAUGAAAAUGAAAUUAAAUUAGAAAAAAUACUAGCCGUUUUUAGCUGCAUGCACCCUCAUGGCUGGUUUGAGUGUCUAAUCGGCUAGUACAUAUAUAGCAUAAAUUAACGUAAAAUACUUUAGCAAUUAAUCAGAAAAGUAUGUAUUUACAAGCAAAAUUUGUAUACAACAACAAUCAAAACAUUGAAAGAUUAAAGAAAGGUAUGUAUGUAUGCAUUUUCAUAUGUAGUCUUUGCAUUAUACAUAUUUGGUACUUUCGUUGCUGAUAAAAAAAAUUGAAAGUAAAAGAAAGUUGUACGUUGAAUGCAGAAAUUAUGCAAAAAUUUA